AUCCUGCUCUUCUGUAGUUCCACAACACGCAAGUAUACGCAUGUAUCUAGCUGUCGAAAAACUUUGGUGACAUGAGUGCUGAUAAUUGUGGUGGAAAUGUGACUGUGCCUUUACGAAAUCUACUGAACUCCAUCCAGUGUAUUAGAGACCGAGUCAGAGAUGGGGAGUCCAAUGAGUCAGAUGGAGCGUUCAACCUCUCCAACUUCUGGGACACUCUGAACCAGGCAGUGAAGGCAGUGUCCCAGGAAGCCACUAAACUCAGCCUGGCCUUCUCCAAACCGCCACUGCCUUCACAACAGGAUGUAGAGAAGUUAGCAGACUCCUUCCUGAAGAGUGUUCUGACUCUGUCUACAGUGUAUUACUGGCUACCGAAGAGCCAAGGUGUCAGUCUGCGGCGACAGGUCAGAGACGCCACAGUCGAGGUUCUGGAGGGAGUCGCACAGCUGGCGGAGGUCAUACUGAGCUCACCGCUACAGAGUCUGACCCAGGAACAGUUGACAUCAACAGGGGGUGUGUGGUCAGCCUGCGACCAGUUUGCCCAGCUGCCACAAGAUAAUAAGGCAGCAGUGCUGGUGGUUCUGUCUGCUCAGAUUGGAGUUGUAAAAGACGCCAUAGAGGAAAUUGAACAGGCGUUAUCCGAGGCCGACGACCCGUUCAGCGACGUCCUCGACGAUGACCAGGAAGGGGGUGAGCCGCGAGGCAACCAGGACACUUAUUGGUCAGAGAUGGACCGGCGUGUGAUCGGUCCGUGCCAGGGGCUGAUGAAGGCGUCUGCGGCGUGCCUGAGGAAGCUGACGUCGGCCAUCAAAGCCAACGGUGACGUUACCACGCCUCAGAACCUGGCUCAGCUCGACGACCUGGCUGACAUCACCAAGGAGAUCAGUCCUGGUGUUGAUGAUUUGGCUCUCUGUCUCUACCCGCCCAUGGACUACAGUGGAGUAGAGACCAACGUGUCUAAAUUGGCAGCCCUAUUAAAGAAAGUUCUGGAGAUCAUCAGGUCCAGUCAUGUGUGUGGGGAAUCACAGCUGACCUGGGUUCAGUUCUUAGAUGGAGCCGUCGAUCACAACCUGCAAAAAGCCAAAGACCUUAUUCAGCAGGACAGCUAGUGUGUGUGUUUCUUUGCAAUUAGAAGUGUGUCUGUUGUGGGGUUUUAUGUGCCAGUGUAUGGAAUGAAUGGUUACAGUGGUGCGUUUGUGCUCGUGUGUCCAUGCCUGUGUGCAUGUGUGUGUGUUUGUAGAUAUAAGAGAUGUGGAUUUCUAACACAGUAUCAGUGUGUUUUUAAGCACAUGCAUAUACAACAUAUAAGAAUUAAAAGGAAGGACUUGUGUCCUUAUGAACCUUAUGAAUUAUGUAACUCUGCUUGUCAGUAGUCUCGUCUACACAGUUAAUCUACAUUUGACUGCUUACCAAACACACACUACCUGCUCCAGGAACAGUUGUGUUACCGUAUACCAGUAUAAUUAAAAGAACAAGUAAAUCUCCUUAAUCUUGUCUUGAAUUGUUGGUCCACGAAUACUAAUUGAACAGCAAGAAAAUGGGGGAAAAAACAACUUUGUAUAGCCUGCCUGAAAAUUUCCCACAGAGACAUUCCGAGACACAUUUAAGCUUUAACAUUAAAACUACAAUUGAUGUAUGAUGGUUAA